AUGCAUUCCUUAUGCGGGAAAUGUAAAAAGGUUAAGAGGGAAUUACACGGGAGUUACGGACUGGCGGGGGCGGGGGGUCCACCAGCUCCCUGUGAGAGAGCGCCAAGGGCGAGGGCAGCACCUCCCGGCUGGGUUGGGUCCGCCUCGCCUCGCCUCGGGGAUCCUUGGCGCUCAGCGCCGCCCUCCCGCAACUGCGCUACCCGCCGGAGCCCGGCGUCUUCCCUUUCCUUGUCUUGUGGACGCCGCCCUUCGCUCCCGGGAGGAUUUCGCCUCCAGCACCUCAGGCUUUUCUGGCGCAAAGGUCGCCAGCCGGAGCGAGCCCAGGCGGCGGCUUCACUUCUGCAGAAGGAAAGCGAAAGCCGCGGCGGGCGGGCCGAGGGGGCGGCCGAACGCGCCGCGUGGCCGCUGUUCCCGAAUCCGCAGCGGCGGCGCCAGGGCGGUCACCGAGCCCUGCGGACCCCGGCUCAACUUCCAGCGCCACUCGGGUGCCCCAAGCCCGCCGCAGCUCCCCGCGCGCUCUCCAGCCCCCCCCCACGCAGCCCCCGACGCGCCCGGGGCGCCCUCCCGCAGCACUGGCCAGGCCACCGCACCUCCCGCGCGGCGCUCCCCCGGCCAGCCAGGAGCUCCCCGGCUCCGAGAAGGACGCGUCAAAGGGAGUUCGGAGGUUCAGCAGCCCCCAGCGUCGGCUUCUCGGGUGACAUGACGGCCUCUCUGGAGCGCAGGCCCGCCGCCGCCAAGCCUCCACCGCCGGUCCUUACAGCCCAGCCACCGGAAGAUGCAACGCCGGGCGAGGGGCGCUCCCAGGAUUUUGAGAAACAGCCUCAUUCGCCUCGGGAGCACCUCGAUCCCCCACCCGCACCCUUUGGCCAGAUGAUUUUAAUCCUGGGAUGCCGCGUUGGUGGGGGGGGACUGGGAGCUGGAGCGGGAGGAGAGAAACCGGCAGCGCGGAGUUGCCGGGUUGCAGCUGCGCGCCGCUGGCGGCGAGGGGUGGCGGUCCCUGCGGCUCUGCCGGGCUGGGGGAACGGGCUCCUGCGCCUCUGCCUCCCGGAGGAUCGCAUUCGCUCAUCCUUACAAACCACACACACACACACUGCCGCUAGCGCCCCCCACGCCACAAGCAGGAAUGCGGAGGUCAGAGCCACUGUCCACUUGAAAGCAGGAAAGCAGGGGCAGAAACACUGAGAUGGGGGCGGAGGCUCUGGCCUCAUCGGCGAGGUUCGCACCUUCCCAGGCUUCCUAGUUUCCCCAGAGCUAACAAGAUCUGGCUUCUGACACUCCGCUCUCUGGGCUAGCGGUUCGAGCUGCAGGGCGGGGGGGCGGGGACGGAUUCGGAAGGAGCACUAGAGAGAGAGCCCGCGCUCACUCCUGCCCUCCUCGCAAAGAACUGGCCAGCCCCACUCGCGUCCAGCCCACAACUAGGCGGCCGGGGCCGGGGAGCCAGACCCCAGGUCGCUCCAACUCCUGCGAGGGCGGGGAGGGGAGUGACAGGAGCAACCACUGCGCGCGCUGGCAAAAAGCACGGAGUCUCCGAAUAGGCUAAAAGGCGGGCGCGGAGGGGUGGAGGCAAGACGGGGCGGAGGAGGAGUUGCCCGAGCGGAGAGGAAUGACGUCCUCCAGGGCCUUGGGCUCCGAGGGACCGAAGACUGGUGCGCUCGCCGGGCCCCGCGCACUAGCUCUGGGGUUCGCAGAGGCGCCGCGCUCGGCUCCCACGGCGGCUCCAGCACAGAGCGCAGGCGGUAGAUCCCGGCCAGCUUAAACCGGGCGCAAGCCCUCUGUCCGCCUCAAAGCACCUCUCUGCUCGUCCCUAGUCUCCAGGUGCCCGUCCGAGAGUCCCUGCCGCUUCCGGGCGGACCCGGCCCGGCAGCCCCCGGUCGGGCCAGCCUCGCCCCUUCCUAGCUUUCUCCCCCGUCGACCUCGAGCCAAGGGCAGGCGGCCCGCACCCGCGCCCCUACCCACGGGGCUAGGCGGCGCUCCCGGCCUACGCCCGACUGCCAAGAAGGAUGGGGCACUGGAAGGGAAAGGCGCUCACCUGG